CGUCGGUGGUGAGAUACAUCUGUUAAUAGGCCAAUCGCCACUAUAGAGCCGUACUUCGCUUACGUGGUUUGUCCCGGUGUUUUUGAUAGAAUAGUUUCGAAAUUUGCUACUUUCUCGCACUAUUCGGGUUUGUUUUUUCUUCUGAUUGAACAUCUUGGAUUAAUAUGGCGGCUCUAGCUCAGCUGAUUAAAUCUGCCGUCCGUCCGGCAUGCCGUGCACUAUCCUCGAAGGCCGCUCCAGCGGUGGAGAGCUCUACGGUGGGGCCCAGUUUUGCUCUGACCGACGAACAACGGGAGAUUGUAGAUAUGACGAAAAAAUUCGUUCGGGAGGAAAUUAUUCCCGUUGCCGGUCAGUACGACAAAACCGGUGAAUAUCCGUGGCCAAUUAUAAAGCGCGCCUGGGAAUUGGGUCUGAUGAAUAAUCACGUUCCGGCUGAUAUCGGUGGUACUGACAUGUCCAUCAUGACCAGUUGUCUUAUCGCCGAAGAGCUUGCUUAUGGAUGCACGGGUAUCAUGACGGCUCUCGAAGCUAGUGGUCUGGGACAAACCCCCGUAAUUUUGGCCGGUAAUGCCGAACAGAAGAAAAAGUACCUCGGUCGACUGCUGGAAGAACCAAUUGUGGCAGCCUAUUGUGUGACCGAACCGGGGGCCGGUUCAGAUGUGAACGGUGUGAAAACGCGUGCCGAGAAGAAGGGCGACGAAUGGGUCAUCAACGGGCAGAAAAUGUGGAUCACCAACGGUGGCGUUGCUAAUUGGUACUUCGUGCUGGCACGUACCAAUCCGGACCCAAAAUGUCCGGCCUCGAAAGCAUUCACUGGAUUCAUUGUGGAGCGCGAAACGCCCGGUCUGACUCCGGGACGUAAGGAGCAAAACAUGGGUCAACGUGCUUCCGACACCCGUGGCAUCACAUUCGAGGACGUUCGAGUUCCCAAGGAAAAUGUGCUUAUCGGUGAGGGUGCUGGUUUUAAAAUCGCCAUGGGUACGUUCGAUAAAACCCGACCUCCGGUCGCAGCCGGUGCAGUCGGUUUAGCUCAACGCUGCUUGGAUGAGGCUCUUAAGUACGCAUUGGAGCGUAAGACCUUCGGUGUUCCGAUUGCGGCCCAUCAAGCAGUUUCCUUUAUGCUAGCCGAUAUGGCCAUCGGUGUCGAAACAGCGCGACUGAUCACAAUGAAGUCUGCUUGGGAAGUGGAUCAGGGCCGAAGAAAUAGCUACUACGCGUCAAUUGCCAAGUGUUACGCUGCGGACAUGGCGAAUAAGGUGGCCUCCGAUGCGGUGCAGGUGUUCGGUGGUAAUGGCUUUAACACCGACUACCCAGUGGAAAAAUUGAUGCGAGAUGCCAAGAUCUAUCAAAUCUACGAGGGAACGUCGCAGAUUCAAAGAUUGAUCAUUUCGAGAAACAUGAUCGAAUCGGCGAAGGGAAAGGCGUAAAUAGCAUCAGAUGGUGUGUUUUAGUUUAGGUGUAUUUGUUUUUUUGUUGCUCCACUAUUUGAAAUCUUAUAAUGAAAAGUGUAGAGGUUAUUUUUGUAAGAAAAUGGAACAUUUUUGAUAUUACAAUAAAGCUUGUGUACAAUAA